AUGUCUUCCCAACCCCGUAGCCCCGACCGCACGGCUCUGUUCCUCGAUCAAGGGGCCGAGCACCGUGCCGACAUCGACGGCUCUUUCGAACGAGACGAAGACGGACUCGAGACGCCCCGGCGUGUUCUCGAGGAGGCCGAAGUCGAGCGCAUCCUGGCCCGUCGUGAUGGGGACGAUUCCGUGCAGAGUGCUCUGACCGACGUGUUCGGAUCAGAGCCGGAGUCUGAAGACGAGACGAGCGACGCGACCUUGCAGCGGGCCAGGGGCAAGAGGCCCGCAGAUUCCCCGGAAGAUCAACAUCUGGAGCAGCCUUCCACAUCUGAAGAUCGUCGCAAACGGCUCAAGCCCCAAACCGAGCGCCCCCCGAGAAGCUUCGGCCGCACGAGACUCUACAGUCCGCCUCGUCGGUACGCCGGGGCAACGUACAGCACCCGACGAGAGAGCCCUAGCAGCUCGAUCAUCGUCAUCAGCAGCGAUCCGCCGGAGCCUCCGCCAAGAGUCAUCGUCAUUGGGAGCUACGAGUGCCCCAUCGACCUGGACGGCUCCUCCGACGCUGGCACGCCGGAUCCCACAGUCGUCAUUUGCCGCGGCGGAUGCGCCACCGAUUCUGGCAGUGAGAUCAUAGAAUCGUUCGUCGACGACAGCAGUGACGACGACGACGACGACGACGACAAGAAACACGUCGAGUUUAGCACUAAGACCGAAGAGUCGUUCGACGACGAUGAGGUCGACGAAGACGAGGAGAACGACGACGAGAGCGGCGACGAUUUCAGCGAUGAUGGCAGCGACGACGUCGAGGCAGCCUCUUUCCAACGCCCCUUCUACCACGUCGACAACAAACCCUAUCGUGUCGCUUCCCACAUGGAGGAGGCUCCCGAUCGCCGUGCCUUCGACAAGGCUGCCGACCUCGAUGCCAGAGUGAUGAGGGACAGGGACACGCUGCUCGCCUCGCGAGCGGCCCAAGACUGCGGUCGCCCCAUCUUCGAGGUCGCCAAGAAGCACUUCAUCCUUGCGCUGCAGGGCAAAUCCGCCCUUUACCCGCCCAUCUUUGGCAACCACGGCGAAUACUGGCUCAAGGGCAAGGCUCUCCGAUGGCUGCGCAAACACACGGACCCCAUCAAAGCUGCCAAGGGGGACGUCGGCGCCAAUCAAGUGCUAGCCGACAAGCUCGCCCGGGCUACCAAGACCGUCCCGAUGUCGGCUCCGACCUUUGUCACUCGCAUCGGCAACGCCGUCGAGGGCGUCAGGCGCGACGGUGCGCUCAGCAGCGACUACAAGUCGGCCGUAGAAGACGCUCUGCGCAUGGUCAUCGACUUUAUCCGCCACCUUGACGAAUCGAUCGACCCGGACCUGCGGCUGGCGCUUGAGCGCUCUCGCUUCCUUGAGUGGGUACCGUUCAUCAACCAGGCCGUGUCGGAGCUCCGGGGCCAAGCGGUCUCUAGCAAAUUCUGGACGGGACGCUUUCAGAAGCUCUACCCUAAACCCGUGGCGGGCUUUUCAUCAGAAGCUGGCAUCUUCCGGGCAUUCACGGGGCGCAGCUACGACGCCGCCUUCAUCGCCGAUCGGGCGGCUGAGGGUGUGCGCCCCGUCGGUUGGGCGUUCAAGCAGGACCUGGACCGCUUGAGGAGCAGGCCAGGUCUCCUCUUCCCCAGGGAACCGCGGGGCGAAGCGUGGACACCUUUGACCGACGCCGACCUGAUCGCAAGGCAGCCGGAGCCCCCGGCGGUGCCUGUCGAGGACCCCGAGAUGCUUCCGCCUGGUCCCUCGUCGGUGACUCGGCUCGGAAGACACGUCACCGGUCUCUCGAUCCGCGUCGGGGGAAGGGGGGAAUGGCCGCGUGGUCAAGGACCCACAAUCAGCUUCUCGGGCCUGGCGACGGCCAUGACUCCGCCGAAGGCCCGCGCCGACCUCGCAGGCGAGCUGUUCAAAGGCGUCCACAUCGCCAGCAUCGCCUAUCGCGAGGCUCCGCAGCCUGGCGACGCGAAGGACGAGGUCGAGAUCACCUUUUCCGACAGCGCCCACCUCUAUACGGCCCUGGUCAUGGUCGACAGAUGGAUCGCCCUCGUCGGCUUUUCGGACCCUGUCCUCUGCCCCGUGCCUGGCCUCGAGGGACCACAUCAUCCCCUCAGCCAUCUGUCUGCGACCGUGGAGGUAUCAAAGCGCACCACCACGACCAGCAUCCAGCUGGGCUUCGCCGGGGUCCCUAUGGAGAAGCCGGCCUACGCAGCUCGGAUCAUCCAGGACGGCUUUAAAGGCGAUCUGGGCCGAACCGUCAAGGUCAAGGUCACGUACCCGGAUCCGCUGAUAGCAUGGAGGAUGAGGGGCAAGCUGGCGACAUGGGUGACCUCUGAGCCGCCGGGGCGACUACGUAGCUCGAUGCUUGAGCCCCACCACGCGGCCUACAGACCUCCCAACUGCCACCGCUGCGGCCGCAUCGGCCAUAGCGCGGACGAGGCAGGCCGGUCUCCGUGCGGCGGGAGCCGAUGCCCGCUGCUGACGGGCUAUACCUCUAGCGCAAAGACCCUGGUCGACGAGGCGAUCUCGUACGCCACGACGGAGGGCAUCUACGCGUGCCGGGAGCCCCCGGCGUACCUGAGAAGCCUGGCAGUCGACCCGUCCAAGCACAUUGGACGCAAGGCCGUGGCCGCGUGGUCUCUAUCGAGAAGCUGA